GCCGUCUGGUUGUGGGUGUUCGCCUGCCCGCACGGUGACGGCAAUGAGGUGCUGUUCCAACAUAUCAACCGGAAAGCUAGAUGGUCAGAUUUCAAAAGUUUGAAGGAAAGGACAUAUGUGGCAAAGACUAUAGUGGAUGCAUGGUGUAGCGUGCUCAAUUUCAAGGAAAAAACCAAGGCCGAGGGGGAACCUUCCCGCAUCUUUUUCUCGACUGCUACCACGAUUGGCACCGUCAUGUCCAUUUCCUCCAGCCAGGAUGAGAGGCAAUCGUGGUUUGAUAGGCGACUAGAUGAGGAACUCAAGUCUACACACCAUGUAGGGACAAGAACUAUAGAUAUGUUUAUUUUUCCAAUUCUGCACAAGGGCCGGUACUACAUGAUGAGCGUAAGUUUCAAGGACGGUAGGUUUGAUGUUAUCGACAGCUCAUCCGCGAGCGGAACAAACAAAGAUUUGUAUGAUGGAGCACCACAAGAGUUGAAUGACCUAUUAAGCGUGUACCUAGAUAGCAAACAACAAACGUUGCAUGCAUUCCGGUUAGCAAGCAUGAAACCAAAAAGGAUGCAGAUGGCGUGGAGAAAUACCACGUCUACCCUCGACUCAGCGGUGUUUACAAUGCGGCACAUGGAAUCAUACACCGGAAAAAGUUGCAGAAACUGGGACUGCGGAUUGCAGCGAAGAAAUAGUCAACAACUACUCGAGCUACGAAAGCGUUUCAUGCACAACAUACUGUUGUCCGAGGUCAAUGAACAGAUGCAGGAUAUAGCCUAUUGCGUCGGCCAAUAUGAUACCCAGAGGUUGGCACAACUAUAACAAUGACUGCAGAAGUAGGGGAUCGUUGCGACGUUAGUUAGUAUAGUUUUUUAACGCUACGCUGGUGCAUUCUAUUUUGGUCUCCUACGGAUUAAUAGUCUGGCGGCAUAUUUUAGUUAUGGCCUUUUAAUUAUGGAACAGAUGGGUGCUUAUCAAUGGUCGGCACAGGUCCACGGUUGCUAACACCCCAAUUGUUACGUUCAUGAGUAUUUCUUUGGGUUAAAUAAUAUUUUUUGCCUCAGCCUCGUAGAGUGACAAACAGAAGCAUUGUUAUCAAGUUGUUAUUAGUUUUUAUUUACUUCUUACUGAA